AUGACUCGAAUCGGUUGGUACGGCCUCGGCUCCAUGGGCCUGGCCAUGGCCACCAACCUGCAACGCCAUCUGGCCAAAAAAUCGCUGAACCUGGUCUACUCCAACCGCACAAUGGCCCGCGGCGACACACUCAAGACCCUCGGCGCCGUGCCCGAGUCCAGCUUCGAGAAGGUCGUCGCGCAGUGCGGGAUCAUCUUCACCAUGGUCUCCAACGACUCCGUCCUGCAACACCUCAUCUCCUCCGCCCUCCGCUCCGGCCACCCGCUCAAGGACAAGAUCUUCGUCGACUGCUCGACCGUGCACCCGGCGACCGUCGGGCUGACCGUCUCCAAGCUGCGGGAGCAGCAGGCGACGUUCCUAGCCGCGCCCGUGUUCGGCGGCAACCCGAUCGCCGUGGACGGGAAGCUGGUGUUUGCGAUUGCGGGGCCCCACGCGGCGAAGGAGACGGUGAAGCCGCUGAUCCAGGACGUCAUGGGGCGGAAGGUAAUUGACUGCGGCGAGGAUGCGAGCAAGUCAUCGCUGUUGAAGAUCGCAGGUAAUAUCGUCACGGUGAACUUGAUGGAGGCCGUGGGCGAGGCGCAGGUCUUCGCGGAGCGCACGGGGCUGGGGACGGGGCCGAUGGAGGAGCUAAUCGGGGAGGCGUUCGGUGCGGUGGCGGGUGGUUACUCCAAACGCCUGACAACCGGCGCCUAUGCUCCGUCUCUCGACUCCCGGCCGGGAUUCGGGGUAUCGCUGGCCAUCAAGGACGCCAACCAUGCGCUUGCCAUCGCCGAGGAGCAUGAUGUCCAGCUGCCUGGAUUGCAGAUCGCCCGGGAGAACAUGGUGGCGGCGCGAGAGUAUGCGGGCGAAUGCCUGGAUAGUAGCUCCAUGUAUGGAGUCCUGCGCCAACAGGCGGGCUUGGAGUUCUGGAAUGAGAAGAGUAGGAAGGGAGGGAAAUAG